UGCUGAAAACUAUGUGCAAAGAUCAACAGCUAUCACCACUACACCUACUACUGCACCCAUUUGCUAUACGACUACUCGUUCAGCUGCAAUGAUGGCAUUAGCUUUAGGUCAACAGUCCAAAAGUCCGGUCCAUACGGUCAAAAUACGUAACGAAAACGUUAUACUUAAAAAUGAUGCAGAACUGUCAGCUAGCCUCAUACAGCACAAUAAAACAUCUUCGACUGCUUCGGUUUCAACUGCGUCCACAAAAGUAAAUAAUUCAUCACCUGAAAUGACUGCCACAGCACGGUUUAAAUAUAACUCAAAUAUCAACACCACAAAUAAUGCCAUUUUCUCUGGUGGGAGUGGUUCAAGUGGUUCUGAUAAUGAUUGUUUUAAUACCUCGUCCUCUUCUUCGGCAACUGCACUUAGACGCUUAUACUUUAGAAGCGGUCGCAGUAAUAAACCCAAAAUGAAUCCAACAGCAAAUUCGACCAUGACAAGCAUUCCAUUAACUGUAAUUAAUCAGGCAAAUAUUGCAUUUCAUACAUCUGUACAAACCGAGGGCGUUCCAAAGGUUGUCGUUAUGGGUUCAUCAGCGGCGUCAAUGACAGAAGCAAACAUCAGCACAUCAACGGACUCAGCAUCUACACUUGUAACAAGUAUUACCCAUACCACGGACACUUCGGCUUCUGAAACUUGUGAUGAUUCUGUUGAUUUGGGUGAUAACUCCGGACCGAGCGAACCAUUAUUUAGCUCAUUGGAGGAGCCACUACUUACCACAAAGCAUGUUGACUCUGAACAUGAGAGUAAUGAUAUCGAGCUAAAAAGUUGUUCAAGAUACCCUAGAUCAGAGAUGAACUUACAGGAUAGCACAGAGAGCCAAGAAUCCACAUUAUCCAUAUUUGCUGCUGAACCAACAUCAACCACGCCAUUGUUGUCAAAUUGUCGUUAUGAUCUAAAUACUGAACAUCUUAGAUGUGAAUCCGAACUUUUGCCAAAUACGGCACCAGCACCAAGUAGUGGCACAAAACACUUUACAUUUGAUCCGCCAAAAGCUCCACAAUCGGCCAGCACAUUUGAAAAGUCAAGAAACCUUUUUACUUUUAGAGGAAAUAUAAGCGGUAAUUCUUCAAAAUCUAAUCAAAAUCAACAACAAACACAACAACUUCAAAAACAAAUUCGGCGUUUCUUCGACUCCGACAAGAAUAUUGAGGAACGCAUACACAAUACAAAACAGAAUGAGGACCGCAGCAUUAUAGCAACGAAACGAGAGAACACAUCUAAUAAAAAUAAAUUUCGCACUGCAUAUGCAUCUCAACGUAAUACUAAUAAUAGCACUGAGGGGGAAGAUAUAAACGAAAGUGAAAAUCUACGUAGUGGCACUAAAAAGUCUCGAGCGCGUGAUGUUAAUACAACAGUUAAUUCACGUAACCGCUAUUCAACGGGAGGGAUAGCAGCUUUAAGUAGCACAAAAACAAGUCCAAAGCACGAAGUACGACGCUCGCCCACUUCAUCUAAAAUCAAUUCAGCUCCACCAACUUUGAAGGAGAGUAAUUUUUUUAAUAGUGCUCAAGUAUAUGGAAAGUUAAAAGAAUUACCCCCACCGACGCAUACUCAAGGCGCUAAUCAACGCAAAUAUUCUUCAAGUUCUUCAUCUGGUGGCAGCGAACGCGAUCGUAGAACUCCAAAAGAUAGCACAAUGUUUCCUUUUGAUCGUGAGGCAAUUGAUUACAAACGCAUACAAAUGGAAUGUUUUGAAGUUAAUGAAAAUUCGAGUGAAAAUUCGGAAAGUGAAACUAGCGAUUCUAAUAGUGGUGAAUCAUGUUCUGUAUAUGAACGAAAAUUAUCAUUGCAUCAUAACACUCCUAAAUCGGCUGAUAUAUUUCAACAGUAUACUCUUUUAUCACAUCAAGAACUGCAACAAAGUCAUCACGUCAAUACCGGUCCACCAUCUCGUAAAAAUUCAAAACGCAUACGAUCCGACUUUGUCAUGCAUAGCACUAUACGUGAAAAUCAACAAUAUAUUAUGGAUUCUAAUGCAUUUUCUCCACAUCAGAAAACGUCAUUGUCGCUUUGCCAUCAGUCGCAAAAAUCUCAUGGAGAAUCAACAAUUUUUAAUGAGCUCUCUUCAAAAUUUGAGCAGAAUACAUCAAAGUCUGGAUCGAGUGCUAACAUAUCGCACAGUAAGAUUUCUAGUCCUAACAGCAGUAUUAACAGCACUCAUACCACAGUUGGAGGAAAACAUUCAACUAGUAGCACAUUCAACAGUCCAACAAAUAGUGUAAUCGAUGUUCAUAGUGAUGCAUGUUUGGAAUCACAUAAACUUUUACAUAAGAAGUCAUAUAAAUCAAAAAGUAAUACUGGAAAAGGUAAGACAACGGACUCACCUACAAAAUUGAAUAACUUAAAGUACAAUGGAACUGGAACAGUUAUAUGUACAGCUGCAGGACCUAUCAAUGUGACUCCCAAUCCUAUGGACUCGGCGAUGUGCAAGCAACCAUUAGCUACAAUUGUCGUUCAACAGCCAUCACUAAGUCUAGACAAUACCGUGGAAACAGUACUUAUCAAAAAUGAAGGCGAAUUCGUUAGUGUUGAGCAGGGAAAAGAUUUGAAUGCGAUCACUGGGUUAUCUGCGCGGAAACGAGAUUCACAACAAUUACAGAAUGCACCUCAUCUUCAUCAUCUACAACAACCGGAACAACAACAGCGGCAAAAACGCGAUGAAAACAUAAGGCAGCUUUUGGAUGUAACAAAUACUUUAACGUUUGAAGAACUACGCGAUUUUGAAAUGCGUUAUGGUUCUCCACAUCAUAGUCGUUCCCAAUCUGUUAAAACACCUGGUAGCCGUGCAUCAGGUCGACCUAAUCAAUUAUGCUUACCUCAACAGCGAUCACGUGUUGCUUCUAUGCCGAAUACUGGUGUAGAGGAAGAAUAUUAUAGAUUAAGACAUUUUUCAAUAACAGGUAAAGGCGUAGUUAAUCGUGGCGAUUCACUAAAAAGUCGCCGUAGUCGUUCCAAUAACAGUGUUGCCAGCUCAAAUUCAAGCACUGAAUAUCUCACUACCACGCAAAUACCAGCACCAAAUUCUGCGCGCACUUCUGCACCUUGUAGUUUGGCAUCAAGCCGUGAGAGCAGCACAUCCAACCCAGGUGGCGGUCCGUAUAGAGUACUUAUGUUGGGCGGACCUGCUGUGGGAAAGAGUUCUCUAGUUUCUCAAUUUAUGACUUCCGAGUAUUUACAUGCAUAUGAUACCAGCAUUGGCUACUGCGACAUUCGCAUUCAUAUUGAAAAACCCACUGACGACGAUGAAUCUGGGGAAAAAUCCGUAUCAGUAUUACUAAGUGGCGAAGAGUCUGAAUUGACAUUUAUCGACCAUGCAUACACAGAAAUGGUGCCCGAUGAUUGCCUGUCAAGUUAUGAUCCUCAUGGCUACUGCGUCAUAUACUCAGCAGCAGACCGUUCCAGUUUCAGCAUAGCUGAGCAUGUUCUACAGGUGCUCUGGACAAAUCAAAAUAUUGCUCAAAAAGCAGUUAUUCUGGUAGCAAACAAAGCCGAUUUAGCGAGAAGUCGACUAGUAACUUCAGACGAGGGAAAAGCCAUGGCUACUGCGUAUGACUGCAAAUUUAUUGAAACUUCAGUCGGCAUUAAUCACAAUGUAGAUGAGUUACUUGUUGGGUUACUCUCGCAAAUUCGUUUAAAAUUGGAAAAUCCAGAAAAGUCAAGAGAUUUGUUCAGAAAACGUUCUAUACGCAAAUCCAAAAAGCGGGCCUGUUCACCUUUAAGUGGCGCAUGCUUAACUGGGGGCACAAAUCCAAAUACUCCAUUGGGUCCUACAAACAAUAUUAUGUCAGACUUAAAUACUCCACCAGGAAGCGCCCAAAGCAGCCCACGCAAAUAUCGUGGUUCCCGCACUUCAACAAGUCUUAAAGUCAAAGGCUUACUAGGACGUGUCUGGGCACGAGAUUCCAAAUCAAAAAGUUGCGAGAACUUGCAUGUCCUAUAAACAGAAUUUCUAAAAAUUGUGUUAUACUAGUGUGCGAAGUUGGUUUGAAUGUGAAUCAGGAUGUGCAUAAGAAAGUUUAGUUUAUAUCAGACGACAUAAUUUUAAAAUAUUAUAAUAUCUAUCUAUUAUUAUAUAUAUCUUAAAUUUUCGGGUAUAAUUGCUAGUUACUUUUAACUAGCAACAAUAUUUAAAGAUUUUUAUUUUUAUA